UGUAUCUUUAAAGUUACUCUUUAAUUAAAGCUUUCCACCAAUCGUCCAAGCCUGUUGCAUAUAUCUAUCGCGAGUUUAGAGAGUUGGCUAUUCUUUCACUUCAUCCUUCUCAAAAUGUCGCCUCCACGACGACGCUCAGCGCGUCUGGCUUCAUCCGUCAAGGCUCCCAAGACCACUAUCAACCUGGCCGCGGUCGAAGAACAGAAUGAACUACCAGAACAGAGUACGCCAAGCGCGCGCCGUAGUCGCACAAUCGCUGUCGCCAGCACUCCCAAAACUCCCCCCUCUUCCGCGAUGAAGCCGGCUCACAGCGAGAUGCACCCCAGCAAAGCUCAUCAGAGCACGGCUGAGCCGUCAUCAGCCGCAAGACUUGGAUUCACAGACAUCCGCUCAGCAAGCAAACGAGGAAGCCUAGGCCCUGUUGGCCAGGACACGCCAACCAAGAUCAACAUUGUGCCUAGCUCAGACUUUUCAUUCAGUGUGACUAAGCCGGUGGCCAGUAUACAGUUCACAAGUGAGGCGCAGAGAAUCAUGGACGAGCUUCAGGAAAAGGCUGCCAUGUUCAAGGCGGAUCUGCAAGCUAAGCGCGAUGCGGAAAUCGCUGCCGGUGAAGCACCAGCUGGUCGUCGCUUUGCCAGGCCAUCGGGACGCUUUAGUGCUGCUCACAAUGCCGAAUUCGACAAGAUGGAAUCCAUUGCCGGUCAUGCGUCUGCAUGGAGAGCUAGCCGUUUCACUCCCGUGGUGGCUGUGGCUGGUGUGAAGAGAUCGCCCUCCAAGGCUAGCCUUAUUGACGCAACUCCUACCAAAAGCCCUCUCACACGAUCGCCACCCAAGACCAAGCUCAAUGAAUCUGCUGAGCAGCCUCGACGCAAUCUCAAACGCAAGUCCUCAGCAGCGAACCUGGAUCGUGCUCCAUCGGUAUCUCCUCGAAAGGCUGAGCCGCCAACAUCGCCAACCAAGGCCCACCCCCUGCCCACUCCUGUGGCAGCAUCGGCAAAACGUGUCAAGAAGCAAAAGGAGGACGACGCCUCUACUAGCCGUCCAGGCCGUCCUACUACCUCGGUAGCCCGAUCUGCUCAGAAGCCGCUACCAAAGGCACCAUCUGUGAUUUCCCGCCUGUUGAGCCCUACCAAAUCUUCAAGAGCCCACACAUCAGCUGUGCGCAAGCCUGUGACUUCUACGGUAACGACACCCUCCAAAUCCACUUACGGAUCUCUCUCCAAGCCCGUGGCCGCUCUCGCGUCUCCUUCCAAGACUCUGGAAGCACAGAGACGAAUCCUUACACCAAACAGAUUCCAGAAGGUGAAAUCAAUCUUGAGAGCCCAGGCACCUACUGAUGGUGAGGGACGAAGUGCAAUCCCUCAGCCUAGAGCUCACAUCUCGAUGACACCAGCCCCGCCUCGCACCAUGAAAGAGUUGCCGCCAGUUCCUCUGACCACUCCUCGUCGCAAGUUGGCAAAGAAAGUCACGUUUACCCCCGACACCAAGCGCGCUGCUCUGCCUCAGCACUCCCCGUCUCCUUUCAAGGCUGGUAUUCUCAAAUUUGGCUCGUCAUUCGGCUCUGCCAGCAAGCAACAACAGGACGAGACUUCUGGCAAAGUAGACUACCCAGAUCUGUCAUCAUUCAGCGGUAUCCUUGAUGACGCUAAGGAAAAGUCAAUUGCUGGAGCUGGAACAUUUACAUUUAGAAGUGACCACACGAUUGAGUUUAAGGACAUCUCCCAGUCCGGAUUCGGUGCUUCUCCCGGCCAGAGCAGCGUUCGCCAAGUGCGCAAAUCCAUGCCUGACAUGCCUGGAAGCUUCCCUGCUCCCCCAGCACCAAGCACGCAUGAGGAUAAGGAAAAUAGAGCUCCUGCACAGUCGCCCAACAAGCUACUCUCUGGAGUCCCUCAUGGGUUAUCUACGAAGAAGCGUCACAGACCUAGUACCGAUGAAGAGGAUGCUGAGCGAGAGGCCGUCGAGCGCGCGUCGAAGAAGCAAAAGAGCAGUCACACACCACUCUUUGCUUCGCGUUCUGUGAGCAGUACGCCGACGAGCAACAAGCGUGUCCGAACGACGGCUACCCCGACUCCCAGCAAGAGCUUCAACAUUGGAACUCCCGGAUCGGCAGCUGCCCGAACACCGAUGUCAGCAAGCUCUGCCACCAGACGUGUUGGUAUGAGCUUGAGCCGCUUGAACAUGCUGGCACGACCAAAGAACCGGGUUUAGGUUAACUGAGGUCUGUCCUUUUGUCUGUUAGACGGAGAACAAGUGAAGAUAUUGUACAUGCGGCAUUGCGGCCGAUGCAAAAAAAGACAUGAUCCAAGAUUCGAGCAAGUUGCCGAAUUGUAUAAUACUUUUGUUUAUAUUUUAGUUUUGAUGGUUUUGGGUUACAAGGUAUUUGUUGGCGUUAAGCGUUUCAAGGUUUCGGGAGGGUGGCACUGUUUGCUACAAUCAUGGAUGAAAAUUGAUGAGAAACCUGUUGCAUUUUAAAUUGACUUGAAUUUUGAUUUCUAUCGCAAGGCAUCCUUGGUUGACCGUGUUUCAAAUGUGAUGAAAGAGAGCGUCGGUUCUGGCUGACAGCAGCGUAUACGGAUUCAGCAUCCUAUUUUGGGUCGUUAAGAUGCGAACAACCUAGUAAAGGGGUACUGCAACGGAGUCUAGAACACCGUGGUAACGGCCUCCUUUAUUUUGUCUGGACUGGGGGCCAGAGCUGCCAAAUUAUAUUUGCAGGGUAGGAUACAGGGAUAUACGAGGCCGUUGGUUUUUGGAGAAGAUGUUGUUAGAAUUUACG